CUUGGAGAUUGGUCUGCUCUGCGCUCGGCCCUGCCCAGCGCUACUGCUACCGCCGCCCCCGAGAACGGCGGAGUCAACUCGCGGCGAGCAAGGCUUGAGGGAGGCGGUGGCUUCCGCAACGAGCAAAGAGUACUCUAGUCUCCUGAGUCCAGAGGACUAAACAUGCUACCAGAGAAAGAUUCUAAAAAGCUUGGGGAGAGGGAUCCCAAAGAAGACCCAUCUGUCACUCUCUUUCGGGAGUAUCUGAGAAUCAAGACAGUCCAGCCUCAGCCUGAUUAUGACACAGCAAUAAAAUUCCUGGAAAGAAUAGCUUCUGAACUUGGUCUACAGUGUUUGAAAGUGGAGGUCUGCCCUGACCGUGUGAUCACCAUUCUGACUUGGCAAGGCACAAACCCACAACUCCGCUCCAUCUUACUGAAUUCUCAUACAGAUGUUGUGCCCGUAUUUGAGGAAUAUUGGCAGUAUGAUCCUUUUUCGGCUUUCAAGGACUCUGAGGGAAAUAUCUAUGGACGGGGAACUCAAGAUAUGAAAUGUGUAUCUAUCCAAUACCUAGAAGCCAUACGGAGGCUGAAAGCUGAAGGAAGACAUUUUUCACGAACCAUUCAUAUGAGCUUUGUCCCAGAUGAAGAGAUUGGGGGCCACAAGGGGAUGGAAUUGUUUGUGAAGACUCCAGAGUUUGCAGCGCUUAAUGUUGGCUUUGCCUUGGAUGAAGGCCUGGCAAACCCAACGGACACUUUCACUGUAUUCUAUGGCGAGAAAUGCCCAUGGUGGAUUAAAGUGAAAGUACAAGGGAAUCCGGGACAUGGAUCCAGAUUCAUUGAGAAUACAGCUGCUGAAAAGAUGCACAGAGUGAUCACUUCUUUCCUAGAAUUCAGAGAACAUGAAAAACAAAGAUUGAAAACAGGAGAGCAUCUCACAUUAGGAGAUGUAACAUCUGUGAACCUGACCAUGUUGAAUGGAGGCGUAUCAUUCAAUGUGGUCCCCUCUGAGCUCUCUGUUGCCUUUGACAUCCGGAUCCCUCCCACAGUGGACCUAAAGGAAUUUGAGGAACAGCUCACAUCAUGGUGCAAAACAGCUGGAGAAGGUGUUACAUAUGAGUUCCAGCAGAAAUACAUGGAUCAGACAGUUACCUCCACAGAGGAAUCUGAUCCCUGGUGGAAGGCAUUCAGUGACACCUGCAAAGACAUGAAUAUUAAGCUGAAGUGUGAGAUCUUCCCUGCUGCCACUGAUAGCCGCUACAUCAGAGCAACAGGUUGCCCUGCAAUUGGCUUUUCUCCCAUGAACUACACACCUGUGCUGCUUCAUGACCACAAUGAAUUCCUGAAUGAGCAGAUCUUCCUUCAUGGGAUUGAGAUCUAUACUCGCCUCAUCCCGGCACUGGCCAGUGUCCCUCCUCUGCAAGCAGAAGCCUGAGGUCCUAGCAGAUGGCAGUGAUUUGGGGUGAUUUGGUAAUGGUGGUGAUGGGGAGUGGGGAGAAAAACCAAAGAAACUGAGAAAGGACACUGUGAUAUUGUGACUGAGGGAUUAUGAUGCCUGAUGAUGUGUGUUUUGCCAAGAGGAAGUAGAAUUCCAGCACCCCUGGAUAUUACACAAGAGACAAAGAAAACUGGCAGCAUUAGUUAAUGAAACCACAUAUAAAUUAGGGUCUUAUUGAUAUCAAUGACUUUUUCUCUGCUGUAUACUAAUGAACAUAGAGAUCCUUCUUACAAUUCCAGAUGGAAAACCAUAUCUUUUUUUAUCUAGUAACAUUUUCUCCAUUUGGGGAUAAAAGGAUAGUCUUCAUAUCUUCUGAAUUAGCAAAUUCUAAGGCUUAGUUUCUCACUACUGAAACACAGUUGAACAGGAAAAGGAUACUGUCAUAUUAACUGUCCUCCGGGUACUACUGUAUCAUUUUGCUAUGUGGUUGGUUUUUUUUUUUUUAAGAAAAAGAAUUCAUUCACAUUGGCAAACCUAAGGAAAAAAUAAAAUGGAGAUGAAGGGCCUGAAAUCUUGAGAAGUUGGGGUCAGGUGAGAGUGCUAUUUAGGCUGCUGGGAUUGACAUGGAGUUAUUUUUUUUUCCUUUUUUUCUUUUACUUUCUCUGACCUGCCUAAUACUACUACGGAAGAUCAUCUCAGUUCUUAUAUAGAAUUCUAGCAAGGAGAAAAUUUCCCCAACGGUGCUAUAAUACUGAGCAUUUUUUAAAGUUUCCCUAUUCAUAAAGGAGAAUCAAGUAUGACACUUAACCUUUGCCCCAUAUGAGUUCUUUCAAAGAAAAAAAUGUUUUUGAAAGUAAAUGAAAGGGAUUUUGCAAUAGCAAUAGCACUUAAACUUAUAUACCACUUCCCAGUGCUUUAUACCCUCUCUAAGUGGUUUACAGAGUCAGCAUAUUGCCCCCCAGCAAUCUGGGUUCUCAUUUUAUCAAUCUCAAAAGGAUGGAAGGGUGAGCCAGUGAGAAUUGAACUUGCAAUAUUGCAUUCUAACCACUCUAGCAUCAUGGGUCUUUUUAUUAAAUAACGUUUAACUAUAGAGAGAGACCCAGGUCUUGAAGGAGGAGUUAAAAACUAAUACAACCUACUUAGGAACUUUUCUCCCUACUCUACUACCUCAUCCCACAGGAAGAUGGGGAUGUCCCUGAAUUUUCACUCCUUGAUGAUUCACUAGCGGUACAGCGGACUGCCUUAAUUAUCUAAUGAACCUGUAUUUCAGCUAAUUAUAAAUGAAUGCUAUUUGGAUUCUUUGAAUGCCAAACUUCUAAGGGUGAAAUGGAGAUGAUCUCACCAAUAGCAUGGAUGAUUUUUCUCCCAAGAAUACCUUGGGGAUGGCACUAUAUCAGAAUAGUGCAUCCUUUCCUUUGAGGCAUUCUUUUACAAAUUGUAACUGGAAUUCUGCUGAAAUAUUAAAGAUACUCAGCAUAGAGAUGUAUGGUUUAAGGAGACAUUUUCAGCCAAAUUUCCUUGAAUAAGAUGCCAAUCUCUAAAUAAUUUGUUAACACACACCUGCUUCUUGAACGUUAGCUAUGUUUCUCCCACUAACAGCAUUUGCAAAAAGCAAACCAUCCAACGAAAGGGCUAUUUUGCCCAGUCUUAUACAAGAUAUUUGAUUGAGACUGGAAAGUGAGAGAAGUUCUCCAGAUAUCAUAUUGACAUGUUUUAUCUCAGGUUCUCUUCAUCCAACUUGUCACUUGUAACAAAACCUGAAUUUCUUCCAGAAGGAUUAUUUUUCACACACUGCUUUAUUGCAAGAUCAUCCCAAUGUAUAUACACUGCCAGGUACACUUUCUCUUUUUCAUAUUGGAUAAGAUCUGUUAGAAAUUCUGCUCAAAUUUUCUGGUGUCAUAGAGCAACACAUACUUAGAGAAUAUGGAAAUUUCCCCCCUUUAUUAGUAGUCUAUUAACUACACAGUAGGUGAUUUUUAAUACAAAACUGAAGCACAGAUAACAACUCUGUGAUUUGUCUAUUAUGUAUGCAAUAAUAAUCUGUGAAAUUUACUGUGAAAAUAUAAAUGUUGUGUAAAGUUUUGUGAUCCAAAAUAUUCAGGUGUCAAAAUGGGGCUAAAUCAGGAUUCUUUUAAAAGCCUAGGGCAAAAAGGCUAACUCAUGCAUUUUUACAGUUCUGUAUAGUUUGGUACAAUCUUACUUGGUAGAAAAUCCUGAUGUGCUCUUUUGUCUUUUGGCAAACAUCCACUGAAUUGUUGCAUAUAUGAUUGUGGAGAUUUUAGAUGAACAUUUCUCCUUUGGGAAAAUGACACUUCCACAUAAGUCUAUAGUAUCAAAAUUGUGUUUAGAAUUGGUUCUUUGUUUCUUCUGUUUGCCAUGUUCCAGGAUGAAUUCCUUUUCUAAGUUAAGUUUGGCUGAAAACAGAAAUAACAGAACUAUAUGUGGUUAUUAGAUUGAUAACUCAUAACUGUAUACUUGGAACAUGAAGAAAAACCUGCUUAUGGGCUUCCAAGAGGCUUUCAGUGCUCUUUGAUCUAAUACAACCUAUGGGAGAGGGGGGGACAGCAUCUUGUCUAACAUAAAUUUAAGUUGCCAUUGCCCACAUGAACAAAAUGGUUCAUGCCAUGGAUUAUAGCAAUGUUUUUUCAAAGCUGGCAACUUUUAAGAUGUUCCCCAUGUUAAAAAUUUUUUGGCAAGACUUCAAAAGUGGUUUGCUAUUACUGGCUUUCAAGGGCCAAAAGAGAAUGAUCUGUCCAACUGGCUUUGGGCCUAAGGCGUAACUAGAACGUCCACCUGUCUCCUGAUACUAGUCUGGUGCCUUAACCACUAUAACAAACUGGCUUUCGUAUACCUCAUUCACAGCACAGAAAGACUGUUUUUCCUCAGGUAGAAACCUACAACACAUAUAGCUUUCAGCAUGAUAUAACUAUUCCUAGUUUCUAUAAAUGUUGAGAAAACCAGCUAUAUAAACUUGUAUGUCAGAAAUAUAAGAGCAGCCAGCAUUAUCAUUUCACUCUGUCUUUUUCCUCAGCAGACUAUGAAUGGCCAUAUAUGAGAGUUUAAAAGGAACUCUUGGUCUUUCUUAAAUCAUGUGUUCUUUGCUGUCCUUCCUAUCUAAAUAUAGAUAUAAAUUUA